AAACCAUCGCGUGGUUGCAGCUCCAUAGGUUUUUUCACUGUCUUUGCCUAUGUGUUCCUCCAUGCCUGCAUUUCCCAUGGCGCCCGCUAUCGCGCUGAUUAACUGGGGGACAUCUUAACUGUUAUUUUACUUGGCUAUAACUAGGUGUUUUUAGCUUUGGUUUGAAUUUAUUUUCGUUGCAUUCUCAACCGGCCAUGACCGUGGAGCAGAAUGUCCUCCAACAGCAUUCUCAGAAGCAUCAGCAGACUCUACUGAACCAGCUGAGGGAGGUCACAGGCACCACAGACGUGCAGCUGCUCCAGCAGGCCCUGCAGGUCAGUCAUGGAGACCUGGCAGAGGCGGUGGCCUUUCUGACGGAGAAGAACGCCAAGGUGCCCCAGCAGGAUGAGGACACCUACUACCAAACCACCCAGGUGGGCAACGACAGAUACAUCAGCGUUGGCAGCCAGGCAGACACCAGUGAGUACCUACCUCACCCAGCACUGCCUGGGGCAGGCCCUAGCCAGGGAGAUACUAAUGUUAUUGACCUGACAGGCGAUGACAAGGAUGACCUCCAGAGGGCCAUCGCUCUCAGCCUGGAGGAGUCCAGCCGGGCCUUCAGGGAGACGGGCAUCACCGAUGAGGAGCAGGCCAUCAGCAGAGUUCUGGAGGCCAGUAUAGCAGAGAACAAGGCAAGCCUGAAGCGGACACACACGGAAGUGUGGAGUGACUCGCCCAAUCCCCAUGACAGGAAGAGAAUGGAGAACUGCCCUGUGGGUCUCAAGAACGUGGGCAACACCUGCUGGUUCAGCGCCGUCAUCCAGUCCCUGUUCAACCUGCUGGAGUUCCAGAGGCUGGUGCUGCACUAUUCUCCUCCUGCCAGAGUCCAGGACCUUCCUCGCAACCAGAAGGAGCACAGAAACCUGCCCUUCAUGCAGGAGCUAAGGAAUCUGUUCUCCCUCAUGGUGGGUUCUAAGAGGAAGUACGUGGACCCGUCGUGUGCCGUGGAGAUCCUCAAGGACGCCUUCAAGUCCAGCGAGUCUCAGCAGCAGGAUGUUAGUGAGUUCACACACAAGCUGCUGGACUGGCUGGAGGAUGCUUUCCAGAUGAAGGCAGAGGAGGACAGAGAGGGUGAGAAGCCCAAAAACCCGAUGGUGGAGCUGUUCUACGGCCGGUUCCUGGCUGUUGGUGUUCUAGAAGGAAAGAAGUUUGAGAACACCGAGAUGUUUGGGCAGUACCCGCUGCAGGUGAACGGCUUUAAGGACCUGCAUGAGUGUCUGGAGGCGGCCAUGAUCGAGGGGGAGAUCGAGUCCCUGCACUCAUCUGCAGAGAACUCUGCCAAGUCUGGACAGGAGCACUGGUUUACCGAACUCCCUCCUGUCUUGACAUUUGAACUGUCAAGAUUUGAGUUCAACCAAGCUUUGGGUCGACCUGAGAAGAUCCACAACAAGCUGGAGUUCCACUCCAUGCUGUACAUGGACAGGUAUAUGGACAGGAAUCGAGAGAUCACCAGGAUUAAACGGGAGGAGAUCAGGAGACUGAAAGAGCACCUGACUCUACUCCAACAGCGUCUGGAGAGGUAUCUGAGCUAUGGCUCCGGCCCCAAGAGGUUUCCUCUGGCAGAUGUCCUGCAGUACGCCAUGGAGUUUGCCUCCAGUAAGCCAGUCUGCACCUCUCCUGUGGGGGACAUAGACACAUCAGCACCCCCUGGUGGCACAACAGGGCAGCUGCUGCCCGCUCCAAGCACAGCCGAACAGAGUCCCUCCUCUACCCCUUCAGAGGGUUUGGCCCCCGCCUCGGGUCCCACCCCAGCCCCCUCCACCCAGCAGAGAGUGCCUAUCCACAAGCCCUUCACCCAGUCCCGACUGCCCCCUGACCUGCCCAUGCACCCGGCCCCACGCCACAUCACUGAGGAGGAGCUCAGGGUGCUGGAGGUCUGCCUGCACCGCUGGAGGAGUGAGGUGGAAAACGACACCAGCGAUCUUCAGGGCAGUAUAUCCAGAAUCCACAGAACCAUCGAGAUGAUGUACUCUGACAAGUCCAUGAUGCAGGUUCCGUACCGGCUGCAUGCGGUGUUGGUGCACGAGGGCCAGGCCAAUGCGGGCCACUACUGGGCUUACAUCUACAACCCCCACCAGCGGCGCUGGAUGAAAUACAACGACAUCUCGGUCACCAAGUCCUCCUGGGAGGAGCUGGUCAGGGACUCUUUCGGAGGCUACCGCAACGCCAGCGCCUACUGCCUCAUGUACAUCAACGACAAGAAGCCCUUCCUCAUAGAAGAGGAGUUUGAUAAGGAGACGGGCCAGAUGCUGAGUGGUCUGGAUAAGCUCCCCCCGGACCUGAAGGCCUACGUGAAUGAGGACAACGGCCUGUUUGACAAGGAGAUGGAGGAAUGGGACACACUGCAGGCACGUAAGGCCCAGCAGGAGAAGCUGGCCCUGGCUGUGGCCGCUGCCGCAACAGCUGCAGCAGCAGAAACCGCAGAAACAACAACAUCCCCUCAGCCUAUGAGCACAGAGCCCAGUACACCAGACAACUCAGCUCCACAGCAGGACCCAGAGUACAUGGAGCAGCCGUCCCCCACAGACGACUCCAAGCACCUGCAGGAGGACACAGAGAGGGCCAUCUCCAAGGCUGCAGCCGAACAGCAGCAGCAGGAGAGGAGCCCUGAGGGACUGCUUACUGCACUCUCUCCACAGUCCAGUGGAGAGAGUGUCUCCCCAUGCCCUCCCCCCCAGCCUCAGCCUGAGAUAAAGGCCAUGAUGACUCCAAACAUGCAGGGUAUUAUAAUGUCCAUUGGCAAAGCAAGGACUGUGUUUGAAGAGCUUGGGCCUGAAGCGGCCUUCUUCAAGGCCAUUAAGGUGGAGUACACCCGUCUGCUGAGGUUUGCCCAGGAGGACACAGCCCCGGAGAACGACUACCGACUGCAGCACGUCAUCGUCUACUUCAUCCAGAACCAGGCCCCCAAGAAGAUCCUGGAGAGAACCCUCCUCAUGCAGUUUGCCGACAGAAACCUGGGCUUUGACGAACGGUGUAAGAGCAUUAUGAAGGUGGCCCGUGCCAAACUAGAUCUCAUUAAGCCAGAGGAGAUCAACAUGGAGGAGUAUGAGAUGUGGCAUCAGGACUACAGGAAUUUCCGCGAGACAACAAUCUUCCUGAUGAUUGGUUUGGAGCUGUUCCAGAAGAGAAGCUUUGUGGAGGCCUUGAUGUACCUGAUCUAUUCAUACCAGUACAACAGAGAGCUGUUGGUCAAAGGGCUGUACCGAGGUCACGACGAUGAGCUCAUAGGGCUCUACCGGAGAGAGUGCCUGCUGAAACUGAAUGAGAAUGCGGCGGGGAUGUUUGAGUCUGGUGAGGAGCCGGAGGUGAGCAACGGCUUGAGCAUCAUGAAUGAACUGGUGGUGCCGUGCAUCCCCCUACUGCUGGUCCACGACACAGAGAAGGACCUGCUGUCUGUGGAGGACAUGAGGAACCGCUGGUGCUCCUACCUGGGACAAGAGAUGGAGCCCAACCUUCAGGAGAAGCUGACGGACUUCCUCCCCAAGUUACUCGACUGCUCGACAGAGAUCAAAAGCUUCCGCGACCCUCCCAAGCUGCCCACCUACUCCACCCUGGAGCUGGUUGAGCGCUACGGCCGUGUCAUGGCCUCCCUGAGCCGGGUGCCUGCAGACGGGAGAUGAGCUGAGGGGGCAGCAGCCCCACGGCCCUAUACGGCCCCCCAGGGCACUCACCCAUGGAUGUCUCUUUUAACCCAUGCCUUCCUUAUAAACCAGGGGUCGCUCGCCGUUACUCCUCUGUUUCUCUUUUGCUGCUAAAGGUUUUAUCAUUAUAAUAAUUAUUAUUUUAAUUAUUUUUUAAGCAAAACGCAACAGAAAAAUUCAUGAAUGAACGGACAGUUGGAGAAGGAAAAAGUGGAGUGGGGGAAGUAGUGAAAAUGGUGAUCCUGCAGUGAUUGAAAGCCAGCGCAUGCUGCUCCAAGCUUUGUUAAACGAGGUUGAGGUUGUUGUUUUUUGUAGUUAUCUUUUGUUGCCCACCCCCACUCCUUUCUUAAAGCACCCCUUCUCUGUGUGAGAAGGAUCGCCCUGCUGCUUUGCCACCAGUUUGGUACAGUAUUAUCACAUUGUUUCGUUUUUUUUUCUAAAAGAAGUGACGAAAUGAGAACCUCGAGUGGGUCUGUGGACUGUACCAGAAUUAGAAGUUUUGAGUGCUGUGGUAGACAUCCAUGGACACUGUGGCUUGUUAAUAAAUCGAGAGAAUACCAUUUUAUUUAUGGCCCUUUUACGCCAAAUACAUAUUUUCUUUGUC